AUGUCGUCGACCAGCGCAGACGCCCUCAUGUCAGCAGUCGCUGAACGACGUUCGAUCUACAAGCUUUCGAACGAGACCACCAUCUCCAAAGAGCGCAUUGAGGAACUCAUCCAGAAGGUUCUCCUAUCCACCCCAUCCGCCUUCAACACCCAGAGUACACGGAUAGUGCUCCUUAUUGGAAACGAACACAGGAAGUUGUGGGACAUUGUCCGAGCAGCAGUGAAACCAUUUGUCUCUGGCGAACAAGCCCAGGCCACCGAGGCCAAGCUUGCCUCUUUCCAAGGGUCUUACGGCACUAUCAUAUUCUUCGAAGACCCCACCGCAUUCAACCACUUACAAGCCUUCAAGCUGUACAGCGACAAGUUCGAAAGCUGGCGGGAUCAGACCAACGGCAUGCAUCAGGUCCUUCUUUGGACAGCGUUGAAUUCCGAAGGCAUGGGCGCCAAUGUGCAGCACUACAACCCAUUGAUCGAUGACAAGGUGAAAGAAACUUGGUCGGCCACAAUCCCGUCGCAUUGGAAGCUCAUAUCUCAGAUGGUCAUUGGCAAGCCUGUUGAUACCGCAUCAUUGGAUGAAUUGGAUAACAGAGGAAAAGGUUAG